CAAUCUUUUCCAAUUAUUGCUGCUGUCCCUCUCUAUAUUAACUCACUUUAUCCCCCCCCUUCUUCCAUUCCAUCGCUUUCCUUCUACUUCUUUUCCAAAACAAAAACAAAACCCGCCCAGAAGCAGAGCAACAUGUUUCCUGAUCACACUGUAUCCGACUCCGAACAACAACUCAUAGAAAAGCUUGAGAUCUUCAAGAUUCAUGGCAAAGAUAAACAUGGCAAUAAAAUCCUUCGUAUCAUUGGGAAAUUCUUGCCUGCUCGAAAUUUGAGUGCUGAAGUUCUGAAGAAUUAUUUGGAGGAGAGGGUUUAUCCCAGAUUGGCGAAGAAGCGCUUUGCGAUACUGUAUGUGCACACCGGAGUUCAAAGAAGUGAGAAUUUUGUGGGAAUUUCUGCUUUGCGAUCGAUUUACGAUGCUAUUCCAAUCAAUGUCAAAGAAAAUCUUCAAGCUGUUUACUUUGUUCAUCCGGGUUUGCAGGCCCGCCUCUUUCUUGCUACCUUUGGUCGCCUUUUCUUCCAUGGAGGGUUGUAUGGGAAGCUGAGGUAUGUGAACAGGAUUGAUUAUUUGUGGGAGCAUGUGAGGAGAAACGAGGUUGAGAUUCCGGAGUUUGUGAUUGAUCAUGACGAGGAUUUGGAAUACCGUCCGAUGAUGGAUUAUGGAUUGGAGAGUGAUCAUCCGAGAGUCUACGGUGCACCCGCACUGGAUUCCUCUGCUGUGUCUAUGUACUCCAUGAGAUGCAUCUCCUAGAAGAUGCAGUGGGCCGGCUUCUGUUUUCUUUUUAAAAUUUUCUUUUUUAAAUUUUCUUUUGGAGCCAUGGGCCGGCCCCAAGUUUUCUUUGUAGAGUUAGUUUUAUCAUGUGAAUAUUUUGGAAUACCAAUUGUCAAAUCCCUAA